CUUCUAUGCCGGGCUGUGGACAAAGACUGUGGGGACCACGCAGAGUCUGACCUAGGGAGAGGCCAACUCGGAUACCCUUAUGUGUGUGCCUAGAAGCUAAGGACAUUGAGGUCUCCCUAACUUUAGCUCCCUCUGCACAGACAGAAAGACAUGGCCUGGAAACAGACACCACUUCUGCUUUUGGUCUACAUGGUCACAACAGGCAGUGCCUGGGACAGAACAGACCUGCUCAACGUUUGCAUGGAUGCCAAGCACCAUAAGACAAAGCCGGGCCCUGAGGACAAGCUGCAUGACCAGUGUAGUCCAUGGAAGAGAAAUGCCUGUUGCUCAGUCAACACCAGCCAGGAGCUACACAAGGACGACUCCCGUCUGUACUUCAACUGGGAUCACUGUGGCAAGAUGGAGCCUGCCUGUAAGAGUCACUUCAUCCAAGACGCCUGCCUGUAUGAGUGCUCCCCCAACCUUGGGCCUUGGAUCCAGCAAGUGGACCAGAGCUGGCGUAAAGAGCGGUUCCUGGAUGUGCCCUUAUGCAAAGAGGACUGUCGUGAGUGGUGGGAGGACUGUCGUACCUCCUUUACCUGCAAGAGAGACUGGCAUAAAGGCUGGGACUGGACCUCAGGCAUUAACAAGUGCCCAAACACAGCACCCUGUCGCACAUUUCAGUACUACUUCCCGACACCAGCCAGCCUUUGCGAGGGUCUCUGGAGUCACUCCUACAAGGUUAGCAACUACAGCAGAGGAAGUGGCCGAUGCAUCCAGAUGUGGUUUGACUCAACCCAGGGCAAUCCCAAUGAGGAAGUGGUGAAGUUUUAUGCUUCCUUUAUGGCAUCUGGGACUGUGUCCCAUGCUGCAGUACUUCUUGUGCCCAGCCUGGCCCCAGUGCUGUCAUUAUGGCUCCUUGGCUGAGAGGUCAGUUUUCUCUCUAGAUUUCUCUUCUGUCUACCCUUGGUCUCGAUUCGACUCUUCAAAGAAUAAGGAAGUCUUGAGCCUGCUUCCACCCCUCUCCUUUGUCAUCCAGUUCCUGAUCCAUGUUGGGGUUUCUACCACAACCAUUUUCAAUAAAUCUAUGACACAUCUGGGCCUAAU